AUGGCCAUCAACAAGCUGAUAAUUAGGGCACCUCGACGUUACCCUGUCCGUAAUGAAAACUACGGAAACCAUCGUCAUGACAACCGUGAUGACGAAUUCCCACCUCCACCUCCACCAUUUAAUGAUGGAGUGAAUCCGGCCUUAGCUCAAUUUAUGGUUGAAACUACAAGGCAGUUUGCCGAAGUAGUGGCAAGAAUUCCACAUCCUGCUGGCCAAUUGGAACAGGUAGGUUGCUCUCUACGCGAUUUUGCUAGCCAGCAAUUUCGUCUAUUUGAUGGAACACAGGGAACGUUAGUAGCUGAAGCCUGGAUUACGGAUAUCCAGCUAUUGCAUGAGACACUAGGCUGUACUGAUGAGCAAAAGGUUAGGUAUACAGGACUAAGGAUAACUGAUGAAGCUGCAAGAUGGUGGAAGUCUAAGAAAGGACUCUUAGGAAUAGAGUUGGGACGUGGAGUUGCUAUCCCUUGGGAUAGGUUUGUGGAAGAAUUCAAUGGGUGCUUCUUUCUGUGGGCACAAAGGCAGAUGCGGGCCAUCGAAUUCCAGAAUCUGGUACAAGGCGCUAUGAUGGUAGAGCAAUAUUCCUCUAGGUUUAUUGAACUAGCAAGGUUUGGCCUCAACCUAAUCCCGGAUGAAGAAUCAAAGGCAAAACGUUUCGAAAAUGGCCUUAAUCCUCGUAUUUAG